AUGAGACGCCAACAAGAGGCUGAAAAGGCCCUUCACGACCAGACAGACCUUCUACCUCGAACCCAGGUGCUAAUAGUCUUUGCCGCUUUAUCGUUCUCUCUGAUGAUCUGCUUCAUUGAUCAGAAUGGCAUUGGCGUCACUCUACCGACAAUCGGAAAGGACUUACAUGGAGAAAAUACCAUAUCUUGGGCCGGCACGUCAAAUUUGAUCGGGAAUACAGUCUGCUCUGUUUUGUAUGGGAGGCUCUCCGACAUAUUCGGCCGCAAAGUGGUGUUGCUUUUUUCACUUGUCCUUCUGUGUAUUUCUGAUAUUGGUUGUGGCGUGGCCCAGAACCCCCCGAUGUUAUAUUUUUUUCGAGCUCUAGCGGGCGUGUCUUCAGGCGGAGUUGUGUCUUUGAACAUGAUUAUCGUUUCUGAUAUCGUGACUUUACGGGACCGUGGCAAGUAUCAAGGUAUUUUGGGCUCGUUUGUGGGUAUCGGUAAUAUCGUCGGGCUUUUUAUCGCAGCAGCGUUUGUGCAGAAGUCGACAUGGAGAGGUUUCUUCUACCUCCUCGCCCCCCUUGUGGUGUGCUGUGGAAUUGUUUCCUUCUGGCUCGUACCUUCGAACAUGCGCCCUGAUGGUCUACGGGAGAAUCUACAACGGGUAGAUUUUGGUGGUGUUAUUUCUUCUGCGGCUGGGAUAAUCCUCCUUUUGAUACCAAUUUCCGGCGGCGGGUCAUACUUCCUGUGGGAUUCACCGAUGGUUAUCAGCAUGCUGGUCCUCGGAUCCUGUGCAGUUCUCAUAUUUGUCUUUGUGGAAAUGAAAAUUGCCGCGCUCCCCAUGAUGCCAAUGCGGAUAUACAAAAACGCUGUUGUGGUGGUUAUCUUAUUUCAAACUUUUACAAUCGGUGCCGUGUACCAGGCGUACCUCUAUUAUCUUCCGAUAUACUACCAGAAUGCCCGACGCUGGAGUCCAAUGAAAUCCGCAACCUACACAAUUCCCGUUGUUGCUGGGCAGACGGUGGGUUCGAUUGUAUCCGGUCACUAUAUCACAAAGUUAGAACGGUACGGAGACGUCAUCUGGGCCGGUUUCGGCCUGUGGACAUUAGGUGCUGGUCUAACUAUCACCUUUAACCGUACGACUCAAGAAUGGGUUAUCGUUGUCAUUCUGUCAAUUAUUGGUAUCGGGGUGGGAUUCGUGUUUCAACCCAGUCUCAUAGCCAUCCAGGCCCAUUGCACCAAGUCCUUCCGUGCAGUUGUGAUCUCUAACCGCAAUUUCUAUCGCUGCCUUGGUGGUGCCUGCGGACUAGCAAUUUCGGCUGCAGCGCUCCAGCACAGUCUCAAGGCAAACUUACCUCCUCAUUACAGAUACCUGAGCCAUUCCACGUAUUCUCUUCCAGAAAACCUUCCACCUAAGGACGCAGACGCUAUUAUCGAUGCGUAUAUGAAAGCUAGUCGCACAGUCUUUAUAUUGCAAGUACCGCUGAUUGGUCUUGGGUUUAUAGGAUGCAUAUUUGUGAAGGAUAGGGGCCUGGAGCGGCCGAAAGAGCCGGGUGAGGAAAGUGAAACUUCGGUAGAAAUGCAGCUCUCGAAUGACAUCGCCCACGAUCAGCCCUCACGGAGCUCUCUAGCGGGCCAGCACGCACCUGAUCCGGAGAAAAGAACAUAA